AUGCACCCCACGGAAUGGAUACUGUUAUGGUGUUCUACUGUUAUUAUCAUUUUUUGUGCGACUGACAAAAGUAUAGAUAACCCAAAGGAAAUAUUCAAGUGUGAUAUUGGUGAUUGUGAUCAGAAGUUUGUUCGCCUGGACUUGCUGGUCCGUCACAAGAAGCGGCACACUACUUCGUACACUCCCCGAAACAGGAUUCCCAGCUUUGACACAGUUCGAAAUCACACGGCGCCGCCAAACAGAGCAAAGGUACAUCACAAUGCUGCUGGCCGCCACCGUUUCAGUCAUCACCCCGUUACAACCGGACCACACGACGCAGCCAUUCUGCUGACGCCCGAAUCUAACACUGAACCAACACCUACCUCCCUACCACAUUCUCACAUCACAAAUAGACAAAGCCAAUCGCAGGCGCCAUGGACAUCACCUAUUCACGAGAGUGUUCCCCCCCAACCGCCCAUCACGCACAGACAGAGUUUCUACGGGUCAGAAGCCCCUGGUCUCGCUGAACCAACUGCCAUGGUGGCAUUUGACAAUGUUGGAUAUGGCGCUGAUGACCAGUUGGCCCAGAGCAACUUUGCGGCGUGGCUCUUUGAUCCGCAAACAUCAUAUAACGAUUUCAGUGUUGCGAGUCUGCCAUUCCUCGAAGGCGGACUAGAGUCGACAUUUAAUAACAAUAUCCAUUACGACUACGAGUCAUUAACCAGUCUGUCUCCAUUGGACGAUACAAACCGUCAUGGCGACAUGCUGGACGAAUGGAUAACGGAGUCACGCCGACAAGACUUGCUCUGCUGGCUUCAGCUUUUUCGGAAAAAGCAACCCAAGUAUGAAUGCCUAAUGCCAAACCUGGUCCAGGAGAGCGGUGGCGAUUUACCGGCUCUCAACCUCGACAUGAUCAGGGACUGCUUAAAGGAGUUUUGGGACACCGUCUCACCGAGGCUUCCGAUUGUUCACCAACACACCUUCUCGCCAAAUCGGUGCCCAAUCUUCCUGCUGCUCGUCAUGAUUUCUCUAGGAGCCGCUUCGCUAAAAAGCCGUGAUACAACGGGUCAAUUAAAAGAGUACGGUGCCUUUGCCGAUGUCAUCAUAUGCAGCGUGCGAUGGGAAAUUCUGACUUCAGACGACUCUGCACCCCCUGUUGGGCUGUGGGUUGCUCAAGCAUUACUGCUUCUCGAGUUCUACGAAAAGCUCUAUAGCACAAGACGAUUGCACGAACGGGCACACAUAUAUCACCCCGCGUUUCUAACAUUGCUACGCAGAGGAAGCCCCCUGAUAGGCAGAACUGGCAGUGAAUCUCCGGGAGAACCUGAUGAUACCCGUUCGGGCCGACCUACACCGACGCCGGGAAUGGCCCUUGACUCCAACACGUGGUGGGUUCGAUGGGCGGAAACGGAAUCCAUGCACCGCGUCGUCUUCGCCGCCUUCAUGUUGGACAUUAUCCACGCCGCCAUGUUUGGUCAUACGGCUGACAUGGCAGCCCACGAAAUCCGCCUCCCGCUCCCCUGCGAUGACAACCUCUGGACGGCCAACAGCCCUGAUGUCGUUCGUCAACUUGAUGCCAAUUUCCGCAUGUACGGCGUCAAGCAAGUCUCCUUCCUCGACGGCCUCAAAUCCGCCCUCCAUGGCAAAGAAGUCAGGACGCAUGCCUUUGGCCGCAUGAUUAUCAUCUCUGGCCUCCUCAGCGUUAGUUGGCACCUCUCGCACCGCGAAACGCACCUAAAGUGGCUUGACAUUCGUGGUCCAUCUGCCGAGACACACGAUAACUGGCGCAAGAUGCUUCUUAAUGCUUUUGGCAGCUGGAAGGAAUCUUUUGACGUUGCCAUGUCCGACUCGGUCAGCGACGCACCGGGCCAUCGGCCAGUCCCAAACGGCCCCAUCAACAGCGCCUCUUUGCUUUUCCACCUCGCGCAUAUUAGUUUGCAUGCGGACAUUAUCGACUGCCAAGUGUAUGCGGGUGCUCGGCGACUACUCGGCCGCAAGGUCUCAACGAGGGACUACACCAAUGCUGUCAAGCGUAUGGGUGCAUGGGCGAAGCAAUCGUCUACUCGGCAUGCUAUUUUGCAUUCAUUUAAACUACUGUACCGCGUUCUGGUUGAACCCCAUCCCAGAAGGAGGAAUUCCCCCUACCCAGACUCCCCGGCGGUCCAAUAUUUUAUGCGAAACGAGACGGAUCCCCACCGCCCUUGGAUAAUGUACUACUCGGUCCUGGUAAUUUGGGCGUUUGUCCAGGCGGUAGGCAGACCUCCUGGUAAGGGAUUCCCGCUGAGAGCGUCGCAAAUGACACAGAGUACAUAUGCUCGGAUGGCCGAGUACCUGUCCGGGGUGGCGGCCCUACAGGAUCUGGAUGAGACAACAGUUGCAACCUUACACGAAGGACUGCCCGAGCUACUGGAGACCAUGGAGGGCAUUCUGGAGGAGGCGGAUACUGAGUUGUUGGUCGAGGCGAGGGACAGGCUAGGUGUCUGCAGGGACAUGUUGUUGGGAGGAUCCAGAUAA